GUAUGCCUACCGGUAGCCGUCCGUACAGCCGUCCGUCGAUAUCAAUUCAAUUACCGAAUCGACGGCUUUUAAUCCGCGAUUGGGGACCACCAAUCAACGGGCGUCAUCAAUCCAGCAGCUAUGGCAAUGGCACGUGUAAAGCGCGCCGUGUGGCUCGACUGCGAUCCCGGCCAUGACGAUGCUAUAGCGAUUAUACUUGCUGCUCACAGUGAUAAUAUCGACUUGCUUGGGAUCAGCACAGUAUAUGGGAAUGAAGAGGUCUCCAAGGUCACACUCAAUGCGCUCAAGGUUCUGCGGACAUGUGGGCGGGACGACAUCGAUGUUGUCGCAGGACAAGCGAAGCCGUUGAUUAGACCAAGACGAGCAUGCCCGGAGAUUCACGGGGAGACGGGACUUAAUGGUACCAGUCUUCCCGAGCCGAUGAAAGGCCCAUUGCGGGGCAAGGCAGUGAAUGUCAUGUAUGAGAGGAUCAGCAGAAGAUUUCAAAGUCCAAGUGAAGAAGGAGGGAAUCGCCGUAUUGCCCUCGUUUGCACUGCCUCGCUGACGAACAUUGCUCUGCUUAUCACUGUUUACCCAGAGAUGCAGGACAUGAUUGAGGGGAUUCAAACGCUGAUCUUGUCUGUAGUGUUCACUCUUAGGGAUCGGAGGCAGAGGUAGGCGUGAAGGGUUUGUCAAAUUGGAGACGAUUGUUUUUUCCUGAGCAGGCCGGGGAGGGGGGGGUAGGGAGGGUGCGCUUCGGGGUCUU